GGGAUUGUUUCACUGUUGCAACUUAGUGGUGCGACGAUUAAAUAAGCACUGAAAACAAAGGAAGCAACCAGAAAGAAAGUGAGGAUCGCACAGGUUCAUAGAUCAUUGAGUAAAUAUAUUUCUGAAUAAAACAAUUAGAAUGGAGGAGGCUGAUUUAUUCUACCGUCAGCUGCCAAAAGUGAUGAACGUGGUACCUUCAGGCGUUUGGAAAUUGCUCCCAAGGAUGGACCAGACUUGUGCAGGUCUACAAUUUUUUUCUGAGGUCUUGGCUGAUUUCUUUUGAUUUUCCCAUGAUGUCAAGCAAAGAGGCACUGAGUUUGAUGGUAGGCCUUGAAAUACAUCCACAGGAGCUUCAUGCCCAUCUCAAUGGCUCUGUCAGCUUUUCAACCAUCGAGAAACUCAUGGCUCGAAAACCACAUCUCAACAUCGAACACGGCAUGACUGCUAUUCGCAGUGGUCAGCGGAGGACACUGGAUGAGUGUUUCCAGGUCUUCAAAGUCAUCCAUCAGUUGGUAGAUACAGAGGAGGACAUUCUUAUGGUUGCCAAAGAUGUCAUCGGGGAGUUUGCAGCUGAUGGAGUAAAAUAUCUAGAACUGAGAAGUACCCCACGAAAGGAGAAGACCACGGGAAUGACAAAGAGAAGGUAUGUGGAAACAGUCAUCGAGGCCAUCCGUCAAUGUAAAAAUGAGGGAGUUGACAUUGAAGUCAGGUUCCUGGUAGCUGUUGACCGUAGGAAUGGGGCUGAGGUUGCUAUGGAGACCGUUAAACUGGCAGAGGACUUCAUGCUGUCUACCGGUGGUCUGGUGGUGGGGCUGGACCUCAGUGGAGAUCCUACGGUGGGCCAUGGCAGAGAUCUCCUUCCCGCCUUGCAAAAAGCCAAGAACUGUGGACUAAAACUCUCUCUACACCUGUCAGAGGUGCCAUCUCAGGCAGACGAAUCAGAGCUGCUGCUAAACAUUCCACCUGACAGGAUUGGUCAUGGGACUUUCUUACACCCUGAAGUGGGCGGGUCACAAAGCCUGGUUGAUAAAGUGCGGAAGCAUAACACACCUCUGGAACUAUGCCUAACCUCUAAUGUCAAAGGUCAGACAGUGUCAUCCUAUUCUCAACAUCACUUCCUGUACUGGUACCAAAUGGGACACCCUAGUGUGAUCUGUACAGACGACAAGGGGGUGUUCUGCACAGACCUGUCUCAGGAGUACCAGUUGGCCGCCUCUACCUUCAACCUCAGUCAGGAGGACAUGUGGACUCUGUCCCAGAAGGCGAUAGACUGCACCUUCGCCCCAGACCUACAGCAGCAGCUACACCAGAAGUGGCUGGAGCUACGGCCAACGCUGUUCCAGUUAUGACAGACAGAACGCACUGCUUGACAUCUAUGGGAUCAGAAUCACCAAUCUUGACCAUUUGAGUAGUAAUGAGAUGUAGAUUAGUGAUUCCGGCAGAGCCUUUUUUUUUU